GUGGCCCUAAUCAACUCUUGCAGUCACCAUUGUUCUUCUCCUUCGCAGGGACCAUUUCUCUCCUCUUUCUGGCCCGAUUCAAAGAAGCUUGUCUGGAAGAAGCUUCUAAGCUGUAUCAUCAACUUUUUGGAUUUGAUUGAAGAGAGUUUAUAUUUGUCGAUUUAUCUCUGUUUGAGAGGGGUUUACAGAAGAGGAAAAUGGCAGGAUGUGGAAUGAAUUAUCAAUUCUCGAGUGUUGUGAAAGUGAGAAACGAGAUCUCUUCGUUAGGGAUUUGUAAUCGAGACUUUGUAUUUAGAGAUACGGUGAAGGCAAUGAAAGUGCCUGUUUUGCGGAUUAGAGGUGUUUCAGCUAGGCAAAGGUCGAGGCUUUUGAUGGUUAAUAUGUCUCAGUCUCCUGUUGAGCCGCAAUCUAGUGGUGUUCCGACUACUAAACUAACAAAAAUAGAAGGUGAUGAUAGCAACUUAGGGAAAGAAAAUGUUAGAAACUUAGGAACUGAUCAGCCUGAGAAUUUGGAUGGUGAUGGCUUUAACGGUAAUGAUGGUAAUGGGGGAGUUAAUAAUGGUGGAGGAGGUGGAAAUGGAGGAGAAGGCAAUGGCGAUGGCGAAGACUACGAAGAAAAAGAGUUUGGACCUCUUUUGAAAUUUGAAGAGGUCAUGAAAGAGACUGAAGCUCGGGGAGCUACUCUUCCAUCUGAUAUGUUAGAGGCUGCUAAGACCUAUGGGAUCCGCAAAGUGCUGCUCCUUAGAUACUUGGAUUUGCAGAGCUCAGCUGGGCUGCUUGGGUUUGCUGUAAGAUCAUGGUCUAUGCUACGUAACAGAAUGUUGGCUGAUCCAUCUUUCCUAUUUAAAAUAGGGGCUGAGAUAGUCAUUGAUUCUUGUUGUGCUACUGUUGCUGAAGUUCAAAAGAGAGGGAAGGAUUUCUGGGCGGAGUUUGAGUUGUAUGUUGCUGAUCUAUUGGUCGGAACUGUGGUUAAUGUUGCUCUAGUCGGUAUGUUGGCGCCUUAUGUUCGUAUAGGACAAGCAUCUGCAUCAGCUGGCUUCUUAGGACGCAUGGCUUUUGCUUAUAAUGCGCUUCCUAGCAGCGUUUUUGAAGCUGAAAGACCAGGAUGCAGAUUUUCCGCCCAACAGAGACUUGCUACAUACUUCUACAAGGGUAUAAUGUAUGGUGCGGUUGGGUUUGGAUGUGGCAUCAUAGGGCAAGGCAUCGCAAAUCUGAUAAUGACUGCAAAACGAAACAUGAAUAAAUCAGAAGAGAACAUCCCUGUACCACCACUAAUCAAGAGUGCAGCUCUCUGGGGUGUAUUUUUGAGUGUUUCUUCGAAUACUCGUUAUCAGAUCAUCAAUGGUCUAGAGAGAGUGGUUGAAGCAUCUCCUUUUGCCAAGAAAGUGCCUCCGGCAGCUAUGGCCUUCACUGUUGGUGUGCGGUUGGCCAAUAACAUCUACGGUGGAAUGCAGUUUGUGGAUUGGGCAAGAUUGAGCGGUUGUCAGUGAGAACACAGCCAAAACUCUUCUUUGUGGUUCUUAUUUGAUGAAUCAUAUAUUGUUAUAGCCUACUUGGUUAAUUUUCGAUCUGUUCCACUACAUUUUCCGUUGUUAGAUCCAAUAAUACAAAAUCUCAGCUCGAAAUCCUUGUAGCAUUUGUCUAGUUAAUAAUUAUAGUGUCAAAAUUGAAGCAAA